AGCGUUGCGACGUCUGUCUGUGAACGAGCCAAACCAGCACGAAUCUGCCCAUUUCUGCUGGAUUUCACAACAUCUGGUUGUUAUGAAGUCAUAUUUUUUCGCGUUUUGACAAAUUGCCCAUUUAUAACGUUUCAAAAUGGGUAAAAAGGAUAAAGGAGAUCGCGAGAAGAAGAGUAAAAAACGCUACUAUGAUGAGGAAGAGGAGGAAGAGGAGGCCGGGGGCAGUGAGUCUCAAGAGGCCGUUCCUGCUGCUGCGGGAAAACAAGUGGAUGAGACCAGCACAAAACUGGAUGAGUAUGGAGCCAAAGACUAUCGGACGCAGAUGCUUUUGAAGAAUGAUCACUCUUCACGUCCACUCUGGGUGGCUCCAGAUGGACACAUUUUUCUAGAAGCUUUCUCACCGGUGUACAAGUAUGCCCAGGACUUCCUGGUGGCGAUUGCAGAACCAGUGUGCAGGCCCAACCACGUCCAUGAGUACAAGCUGACUGCGUAUUCCCUCUAUGCGGCCGUCAGUGUAGGACUACAGACCUCAGACAUCAUCGAGUAUCUUCAGAAGCUCAGCAAGACAUCUGUGCCCGAUGGAAUUGUACAAUUUAUAAAGCUUUGCACAGUGAGCUACGGCAAGGUCAAGCUGGUGCUCAAGCACAACAGGUAUUUCGUGGAGAGUGCUUUCCCUGAUGUGAUCCAGCGGCUCCUGCAGGACAACGUGAUCCGUGAAUGUCGUCUUCGUACAGCAGAUGGGGCAGAUACGGAGCUCAUUACAGAAGUGAUUCACAGCAAAUCAGCGAUCUCUAAGUCUGUUACUGAGAAAGAAGGUACUUCCACCUCACAGGAGGCCAACGAUGGACAGUCUUCAACCCAGCAGGUCCCAGAAGACAUCUUCAGCUACUAUGAGCAGAUGGAUAAAGAAGAGGAGGAGGAGGAGGAGACUCAAACUGUGUCCUUUGAAAUUCGCCAGGAGAUGAUUGAAGAGCUUCAAAAGCGAUGCAUUACGUUGGAGUACCCCCUCCUGGCAGAGUACGACUUUCGCAAUGACACAGUCAACCCAGACAUCAACAUAGAUCUGAAACCCACUGCUGUGUUGCGGCCUUACCAAGAGAAGAGUCUGCGCAAAAUGUUUGGAAACGGACGUGCUCGAUCCGGGGUCAUCGUGCUGCCCUGCGGAGCGGGUAAAUCUCUGGUGGGAGUGACAGCAGCAUGCACAGUGCGUAAGCGCUGCCUGGUGUUGGGCAACUCCUCUGUGUCAGUGGAGCAGUGGAAAGCCCAGUUCAAGAUGUGGUCCACCAUCGACGACUCCCAGAUCUGCCGCUUCACCUCCGACGCCAAAGACAAGCCCAUCGGCUGCUCGGUGGCCAUCAGCACCUAUUCCAUGCUGGGUCACACCACCAAGCGCUCCUGGGAGGCGGAGCGGGUCAUGGAGUGGAUGCGGAGUCAGGAGUGGGGUCUCAUCAUCCUGGAUGAGGUUCACACUAUCCCUGCACGGAUGUUCCGUCGUGUCCUGACGAUCGUUCAGGCCCAUUGCAAACUGGGCCUCACUGCAACACUGGUCAGGGAAGAUGACAAGAUCGUGGACCUUAACUUCCUGAUUGGGCCUAAGUUGUACGAGGCCAACUGGAUGGAGUUGCAAAACAAUGGAUAUAUUGCCAAAGUUCAGUGUGCAGAGGUGUGGUGCCCGAUGUCGCCGGAGUUUUACAGAGAGUACGUGGCCAUAAAGACCAAGAAGCGCAUCCUGCUCUAUACGAUGAACCCCAACAAAUUCCGCGCUUGCCAGUUCCUCAUUCGUUUCCAUGAGCGGCGCAAUGACAAGAUCAUUGUCUUUGCCGACAAUGUGUUCGCUCUGAAGGAGUACGCCAUUCGCCUCAACAAGCCUUUCAUCUACGGCCCCACCUCUCAGGGGGAACGAAUGCAGAUCCUGCAGAACUUCAAACACAACCCCAAAAUCAACACUAUUUUCAUCUCCAAGGUUGGAGACACGUCGUUCGAUUUGCCGGAGGCCAACGUUCUGAUUCAGAUCUCCUCCCAUGGCGGCUCGCGCCGGCAGGAGGCCCAGCGGCUGGGCAGAGUGUUAAGAGCAAAGAAAGGAAUGGUAGCAGAGGAGUACAAUGCGUACUUCUAUUCCCUGGUGUCUCAGGACACCCAGGAGAUGGCUUACUCCACCAAGAGGCAGAGGUUCCUCGUGGACCAGGGAUACAGCUUCAAGGUGAUCACAAAGUUAGCAGGCAUGGAGGAGGAGGACCUCAUGUUCUCCACCAGAGACGACCAACAGCAGCUGCUCCAGAAGGUCCUGGCGGCCUCUGACCUGGAUGCCGAGGAGGAGGUGGUGGCGGGAGAAGCCGGAGGGCGACCUCAGGUCUCGCGGCGAGCGGGCACCAUGAGCUCCAUGUCAGGCGCAGAUGACACCAUCUACAUGGAGUACCAGAGCCGAGGCAGCAAAGCCUCCGCGCUGGGAAAGAACGUCCAUCCACUGUUCAAACGCUUCAGAAAGUAGAUGCGUUCGACUGAACUCUUACACAGAAAAGACCCACCGGAGUCAACAGGACAAAGUUCGGAGCAGCAGCAAGAUCUGAUGAAGAGAGAUGGACAGUGACUGAGAAGGAAGAGCGGCUAGUGACUGCUGCAGUCUCUUGGAGAGAUGAUAGUAACGUGUUUAGCUUUCAGUCUUUUCCUGGGAAAUACGUGACCUGCCUAUUCUACUGAGGACUGUAAAACUGAGCAUGUAUUAUCAGCAUCACUAAAAGCUUUUUGUAAACAUGACUCCAGUUUCCAGAAGCUCUUGGUAUAUUUUUGUAUGUUUUGUUUUGUAUUUCUCUUCUCUGCAGUGUUAUCAAAAGUUUUGUUAAAGAAAUGGCUUUGGAACAAAUUAAAGUUGUGAAUAAAGAUAUGAAACCUC